CCCGCAGUGUGUUGCGUUUCUCGUUUCCAUGUAACCAUUCAGCACUGGAGUCAAUGAUGUCGUUGAACCUGUCUUCACAGGUGUCGGGCGCGGCACUGGUGGUGCUGGGCGGCUGCCUCAUGACGGACGCGCCCCGAGUGCUGCUCUCCCGGCUGCUGACGCGCACCCAGGCCGCGCCGCACCCCUUGUUCCACCACGUGGCCCUGGGGCUGGUGGCCCUGGGCGUGCUGGUGAGCGCCGGCGGCGUGCUGGGCUGGUGGGCCGCCUGCCUGCGCGGGCGCUGCGUCCUGGCCGCCUACUUGUUCCUGCUGGUGCUGCUGCUGCUGGGGGAGUGUUCGUGCAGCGUCGUGGCCACCCUGUGCCCGCAGUACGUGGGGGUGGGGGUGGACGCCGCCUCGCUGACAGAGUCCGUGCAGAGGCUGUACGGAGUCCCUGGCAAGGACCAGUUCACCGCCGCGGUGGACCUGGCCCAGACGACGCUCCAGUGCUGCGGGGCGGGAGGCGCGGCCGACUACGACACGUCCGUGUGGCGCCUGCGCGAGCUGGGACGGCGCGACCUCGCCGUGCCGCGCUCGUGCUGCAGGCUGGCCAACCCCGCGGGCGACGAGCGUGCCUUCCUGGACCCGCGGCCCCUCGAGCCCGCCCUGUGCCAGUCCCGGGACCCGGCCAACCACACGCUCGCCAGGCACUCCGAGGGCUGCGCAGGAAAGCUGGACGUGUGGUUCCGCGACCACGUCAACCUGUUCCUGGCCGUGCUGAGUGGCGUGGUGGUGGUACAGCUAGCCGCGCUGCUCAGCGCAGUACUGGCGUGCAAGCGGCCGUCGAGGCACCAGCGGGGCGCGUGGCCGGGGGCGGGGCCCUUGGGGGUCGUCGUCAUCGCGAAGAGCGCGUCCGUGGGGAGGAGCGGCGCGCACGCCGUCGAGCGCAGCCCGCCGGGGGCAGAGCCGCGCGAGAAGCGGCGCUGCAUCUACGAGAAGGACCCCUGGUCGGAGCGGAGCGUGCUGAGGAUGCUAGACGCGCCGGGACCCCUCGGCCCGUGGAAGAACCCCCAGAGCGGCGCCGGCAGCCUCGAGUCAGACAGCAUCAUGUGGUGA